AUGGAAAAUUUUAAUGCUUAUUACGAUCCCCUUUCAAAUACUCUUUUACCGCCUGAAUUUGCUGAAUUACCAUUGGAUAUGUAUCUAGAUGAUGAUGAUGAUGAAUUUCGAGCUGGUUACCCGUUUUCGGAUGUUACAGAAACAGAAAUCGACGAGAGCAGGAAAUCGUCCGAUUGCUCAUUAGCAGCUGAUGAUGAUACGCUUCAAUCCGAUAGUUUGAGCAACGCUCUACAAGAUACUUCUAUUGUAUCAACGAAAAAAGAUGGUCAGUUAGAAUCAUUAUCAUCUGAUCAACAGGGAGACAAAGCAUUUGUUGCGACAAAAUCCUGUCGUAUAAAUGCGUGUGAAGUGAGUCUCAAAAAUGGUACGACUGAACAGACCGGUUAUAAUAAAUUGGAACUUAACGAUGUUUUACGUGAUGUCAUAGAUCGGACUGAGAAAACUAAUAAGGAAAGUUGUACUUGCUCAUAUCGAUCCAAAACACAUCAUUAG